UCUUAUACGCAGAACUCAGAGUUGUCACAACACAAACACAGCGCGGGGAACACCAACCAACCACUCAGCCAUCUCAACUCGCCUCACACUCUCUCCUCUCGCGCCUUUCUUUCUCUUGCCUCCGCUAGGAUCAAAGGAAAAGAGGCAGCUUGUCUGUGUUUGUGUUCCGUCUCUAUCACCAAGGAUCCAUCGGUGAAAAUGGUUCAUGUCGCGGAUGCUAACCAUCAAAGUCUCAUUACCGGGACUUUUCCAGACCUUUUAUGCUCCAAAAGAUACCAUGAUGUGGUGUUUUCGUGCAAGGAUAAUAAACAAGUCCAGGCGCACAGGCUGCUCCUGGGCUCCGUUAGCCCCUUUUUAAACAACCUUUUCAGAGAACAGGCGUGGAGAGAUGAAAUCCAUAUCUCUCUUUCAGACUAUAAUGCACCAGUUGUGCUGAAUGUGCUUCGGUUUGUUUAUGAAGGAGUGGUCAGGCUCUCUUUCAGGGAGUUAGAAGAAUUCCAAUCAAUUACUAAAUGUCUGGGGAUUAACAUUCCGAAAGAAAUUGUUAAUUCGGACACUGGAGUCAUUUACGAAGACCAAAAGGAUACUGUAACAGAAGACCUGCAACAUUCUGGUACUGCAACUAGAGACCUUACUGUACCAACUCAACGAACGGGAUCAGUUGCAACCACUAUCAAACAAAAUAAGCUAAAAAGAAAAGCAAUAGAAGAGCACCUGAUUCCAUCAAAGAGACCUAACCCAGUCCAGUCCAUUAAUAAAAUAGUUUCUAAUCUGUCAAAACCACCAGAAGAUGUUACAAAACAACAGAAAGGCAAUGAUGAGAAGACCAGACCACUCUUAGUGCCGAUGAAACAUCUUCCAAAGGUCCUUCAAAUAAUAGAAAAAAUUAAAGUUGAAAACAGACUGGAGGCAAGGGUUGAGGCUUAUGUGAAGAAAUAUCUCUUGAGGCUUAAGAUGCAAAAAACCCAGAAGAAAAAAUCUUUAGAAGAAAUGAAUGGUUUUGGAGGUGACCACCAACUGUACAAAAAUCGCUAUUCCAUGUAGUUUUUUUUUAAUUUCCUAAGCUUCUUUCCUCAUCAUUAUUAUUGUGAUAUGUAUAUUUCAGUACUAGUUUGCUUUGUCACAAAACAACACAGAUUUUCCUUGUAUUUUGUGUUAUGUUUAUUUUUUUUUUAAUGAGAAAAAUCUAUUUUGCAUUUUAAGAUUAAACAAAAUGUUUUGCCUCCAGA